AUGACUGCCUCCCGUAGCACGCCCGCAACAACCCCAUCGUCCAGCCCCCCGGGCGAUCACGCUCUUCCGACAACCCCCGAUAAACCCCGUCGCUAUCUCUACCGACGCCUUGUCCUCAACGGGCCACAUACUUGCGAUGACGUGCGGGAACCCCGCCACCUGGAACCCCGACGCAACGUGCAGCAAAGCACGGGUGUCCAUGUUUCGACAUCAACCCUUCGCGACAAACUCCGUUGGCUUACCCUCGCUUUAACAUGCCGCGACCGCCCCCGCCGGCUGCCGAUGUUGCCGCUGCCAACCAGUAUUUCGAGGCCAUAA